AUUAGUUCUCUCGAGGAGUUCGAAUGGUAAGCAGUUGCGUGUGUACGUGUGUACGUUCCAUUUCGUGUAGUAAGUGUAUUGUGCAAAAAGUGUUUCCAAAUUGUUCUGAAGAAGUUUUAAUGUGUGAAAAGUGAGAUUUUCCGUAUACCGAAACGCGGACGUCAACAGUGCAGUGUGCUUUCUUUGAUUGAAAAAGGAUUAAUGUGCACUGUUGGCGUGCCAGCCAACUUACAAAGCAGCCCAGUUCCGGCAAUCGAUUAAUUUCUGCAGAGAAAGGAUAAUAAGCACGAGCGAGAGAGGCAGCGAGCGAGAACGAGAGAGAGAGAGAAAAAAACGAUAGAAAAGUAUUAUUCCGGAAGGUAUAGCAAUAUUUAUUGAUGAUCGGCUUGUAGCUAAAGCUGCUGUAGUAACUUUUUGGAUGCCGUAGGAAGCACCGAAGGAACGAUGAAAUAAACACGAGGACAUAUUUCUUUCGCGAGAAAGGUAAACCAAUCGUUAGCGUCCUAGCGCUCUUCUGCUGAGCGCUUUCUUAUCACGACGUCAGCCUCAAAAAUGGACACAAUGACAUUUGACGACGAGCCACCGCCUGAACCGCGGGAAGGCUGGCUGCUCGUCCGCGUAUUCGUUCCCGAGCUGAAUGUCCACAAGAGUCUUCAGUUUCCAUCGGAUAAGAUCGUCUGGGAUGUGAAGCAACAGUGUCUCGCCUCGUUGCCGAAGGUGGCCUAUUGGUUUUGGGAGCUGAAAGAAAGCUUCAACUAUGGGCUAUUCUCUCCGCCAUCAAACGGUAAAGCCGGUAAAUUCCUCGAUGAAGAACGACGAUUAGGCGACUACCCAUUCAAUGGACCGGUGGGCUAUUUGGAGCUCAAGUACAAGCGGCGCGUCUACAAGAUGCUCAAUCUAGACGAGCGUCAGUUGAAAGCGUUGCACACCCGUGCCAAUUUGCGGCGCUUCAUCGAGUGCAUCAAUAGCGGCCAGGUGGAAAAAAUCGCCAAGAUGUGUGCCAAAGGUUUGGAUCCCAACUUCCACUGUCAGGAAACGGGUGAAACGCCGCUUACCAUUGCUACCGGUUCGAAAAAACCGAACAAGCUGCUAAUCGCGCUCGUAAACGGUGGAGCGCUGCUGGACUAUCGGACCCGAGACGGCGCCACCGCACUGCAUCGCGCCGUCGAACGCGACAGUCUGGAAGCAGUAAGCACGCUGUUGGAACUGGGAGCAUCACCAAAUUAUCGCGAUACGAAGGGCCUAACACCUGUAUACUUGUCCGUAACACGGAAAACAGAUCCCAAAAUCAGUGAAGUGCUCUUGCACGAUCAUGCCACACUGGGCAUUCAGGACAGUCAAGGCUGGCAGGAAGUGCAUCAGGCUUGUCGGAACGGGUUAGUUCAUCAUUUAGAGCAUUUAUUGUUCUACGGUGCGGAUAUGGAUGGUCAAAACGCUUCCGGCAAUACGCCGCUGCAUGUUUGCGCUGUUAACAAUCAGGAGGCUUGUGCUAGAAUGCUACUCUUUCGUGGUGCCAACAGAGGCGCACUAAACUAUGCCAACCAGACACCGUACCAGGUCGCCGUUAUUGCCGGUAAUCUCGAGUUGGCUGAAAUGAUUCAAAACUAUAAAAACGAGGAUAUUGUCCCAUUCCGUGGACCACCACGGUACAAUCCUAGGCGUCGUUCUGGGUUAGGCUGGGGAUCGACUCUAUCCCGCAUAUAUGGUGGACCACCGUCCCCCUGCCCGUCCGAGCAUCCGUUCAGUUCCGCUAGCUCCAGCCUGUCCGAAGGUUCCAGCCACCGAAGCCAUGAAGAUGACAUCAGCAUAGUAACAGAUAAAAGUCUGGGCGACACAAGUGAUAUCAUCAGCGACUCGUCCGGCGUGGGAACGAAUUCGGACAGCGCCGCAUGUUCGAUUGGCCAUCCAAGCACAACGGUCGUCUGCAUGGAAGGUUACGAUACGGGACUUUCCGGCCACAUUCAUAUACAGCCGGGCGAUGUAAUUGAGGUGGUUGGUUCGACCGACUGUGGCCUACUGGAAGGGUUCGUACGUGGUACAAAUAAGACGGGUUUCUUUCCGGCCAGCUGUGUGCAAGAGGUGCAGUUCCGUCAGAAGAGUAUUAUAAACGUCUCCACCUCGACCCCUCACCAUCACUAUCUGAUAAACACGAGUAGCAACGAAAUAGUCAGCCACGAUCUACAGCAGCAAUUGCAGCAGCAGCAGCAGCAGCAGCAGCAACAGCACCAUCAACUGCAGCAGCAGCAGCAUCAGCAUCUGCAACAACAACAGCCAUCCUCCCUAGACCAGCAACAACAUCCCCAACAGCAAUAUAGCAGCCAAACAGCACCCAGGGUGAAGAAAUCAAUCAUUGGAGAGCCACGAACGGUGGUGCUACAUCGUGCCAAGCGUGGCUUCGGCUUCAUUCUCCGUGGAGCUAAAGCUUCUUCACCGUUGAUGCAACUCAAACCAUCGCCCCGGUGUCCCGCGUUGCAAUAUCUGGAUGACGUAGAUCCCGGAGGUGUGGCGGACAUGGCUGGCUUAAAACCGGGAGACUUUUUGCUAGCCAUAAACAGCGAAGAUGUGACCUGUGCGUCGCAUGAGCAUGUGGUCGAUUUGAUACGUAAUUCCGGUUCGCUGGUAUCUAUGACGGUAGUAACGCUUUCACAAAACCUUAUAAAUUCCAUGAUGCUUGAAUCGUCCGAGAUCGGAAGCCAACACUCGUCCGGUUCGGGGAUGAGCACACCGAUCUCGUCCCGCCAAUGUUCGACGUUGCCGCGGCGCAUGAAUGGGGGACCGCCGGGAAGCAACUGUAAGCAGCCGGCACCGAUGCCACCGCGCCGUGAUCCAAAGACUACCCUAAGCGUAGGUCGAGCGCGGGCCAAAUCAAUGGUAGCCGGGCUGGAGGGCGGUGGUGAAAAGGGCGUAGACGACGAUGAGCUACUGAACGCGACCAAAUCUACUUCCGCGGAAUCGAUUCACCAGGUGCAGACACAACUGCUGCAAGCGCAACAGUGUCAUUCGGCCAUCGGGACCCCCACACAGACCGGGCCCGGUACGCCGGUGCAGCCGCGUACUGCUAGCAUCAAAUCCCGACCCACAUCCAGUCGAAUAACGGCCGCCGAACUGGAGGAAUUGUUCCAACGCCAGCAAGGAGCGGACGCAAACCGCUGCUCAAUGCUUAUGUCCAGCUCGCGGUUCCAAUCGACCGGAUUUGAUAGUGGUGCUGGCACACCACCGAUUUCACCGCAGAAGGGCCCGAUCGUGUAUGCGAGCGUCGCCGAAAUGAAGCGCAAAAAGUCAUCCAAAGCAGGCAUGGGUACGCUAAAGGGGCGACCGAUACCGAUACCACAGAUCGGUUCGGAUCUGAAGCGCACAUUCCACAGUACGCCCGACCUAGCUUCGAUGUCAUCGUCCAAUCAGCAUGGCGGCGCUGCGUCUUCACUGCUGUAUGGAAGCAGCUCCAGCGGCACCGGAUCGCAGCUGGCAAUCAACGCUAACGGCUGGUACAACACCGUUGGUCACAAGGGACACCGAUCUCAGGACGAUAUGCAUAGUCUACACAUGUCCCUGCAAAGACUGAACCUUCCCCCGCCAAACCAUCCGCCGCCACCGCCACCCGUCGGGCAGGUCGUAAAGGUGGAUGUUUCGCGAGGCUCCGAGUACGAGUGUCUUACCGCCUUGCGCAAACACAUAGCCCAGAAAGCCAAAGUUCAAUCUCAAGUACAGGAGUCCGAAGUGAUGUCCAGUUUCAAACCUGCCUCGAACGCGAAAUUGUACGCUUCUCCGCAGGACAUCCGCAACGUUGGUUAUCGAACGGUGAACGUGACCGGCGCUAGCCCGUCGCCAUCACUUACGGGCGCAACGACGACUGGACCAGCGGCAAGCAACGGUGCCUCAUCAUGCGGUGGUAGCAACGGCAGCAACACAAACCCGAACGUUGAGCUCUGCAAAACGGCCUCCCUUCGUUCAAACAGCAGUUCGACGAUCAGCGUUAAUUCUAGCAGCGUGACUGGUAGCGUUAAUAACGUUACAACGGUGACGAUCACUGGAAGCGCAAGUGGCAACGCAAUAGCUAGCAGCAAUAGCAAUGCUAGCAGCGCAUCAUCGAAUCAGUAUGCUCAACCGGGACGUCCCGGUUCCACAGACACGCAGCAGCAAGUGGCACAACCUCAAGCGCUGUAUAAAUCCCCACCUAACAAUGCUCCCCCACUUCCGGAACCUGAUUACAGUUUGAGUGAAUCCGAUCCGGAUGAGGACAAUUCCGUGCGCUUAGUGCGAACGCAUCUGAAAGCAAACGGUGAUUUGAAAGCAGCGCAAAACCCGGGAAUGGCAGCCGAAACAAGUGGCAACAGUAACACAAGUGGUAGCUCGACUGGCUCCAGCUCAAUGCCUCACUCAUUUUCGGUGGAAGAGAUUCAGAAAAUACGCACGAAGCUAAAAUCUUCCAAAUCCUACCCGAACGAUUUCUUGCGACAGCAGAACAGUCAGCAACCGCACCCGGGGGUCGAUCACGGUGCCUCCGGUGGUCCGCACGAGGAAGGUGACAAUUCAUCGUCCGGCGUGAGCAGCGAUCAGGAAGUAACGAUCACCUGUAACGAUACCAUGAAGCAACCCAAGCAGCCGCCAGCCUUCCCAAAACAGCAGGUGGUUGGUGCGACUGCCUUGAAAGCAAACGCCAUCACUUCCGCCAUCGGAACCGGCGCAUCUGGUUUGAAUGAACCAAAGAAGGUGACGCUACAGUUGGGAGGGUCUGCGGUGGUGAAUCCAAAGCUCAAACCGAGCAACAGUCUGCCGGAACGAAGAAGCGACGUGGAGGAUAAUGAGGACGGUGAACAGGACGGCACAGACAGUCCCAGUCCACCGGCGACGGGCUUUCAGCGACACAAUUCACUCACGCGGAAACAGGCGGCCACCAUAGCGGCAAACCGCGCCAAGGCAAAUCAACAAAAUCUACAGCAACGGCAUGCGGUAACGUUGGCCACACUACCGCCACCGAUAGAGGCCGCCGAUUCCGACGAAGCCGACUCGUGGCCACACACACUGCAGUCUGCCGGUGGCGACAGUGCCGCACAGUUGGUGGAAGGUGGCGGAAUGGUAGUGUUGGCACCGCCACCCGAGUUUAGCGAUUCCACCGUAAGCCACAGCGCACCGAUAUCGGCCAAUAACGGCGGUGUUAGCAUCAGCGUGCAAGGACACCAUUCCCACCAGCAUACGCAUCAGCACCAUCAGCAUCAGCACGUCCACCACCAUCAUCAGCAUGCGGGCAGCAGUGGAUCACUAGUGCUUGGUGGGCACAAUCCGAAUUGCAAGCGGGUCCGUAUCGUUGGCGCCGUUCCGAAGGUCAAUCGCAUGAACAGCCAGUAAACGGCAACAACACUUUUGGGCUGAGUCCAGGGUAAAGAAAACCCCUCUCACGUCAGGUAAUCAUCAUCAUCGGUCGUUUAUGUUUGUGCAAAUGUAAAAAGGAAACAUAAGUUUACUUAACAUUAGCAGCACUGCGGGAAUUAGGGCGGGCUUUUAAACGGUGGAUAAAUACGUCAAAAAUUUCUUUUAACUCAUUCCUUUUCCCUAAGCGAGCGGUCUCAUCUUUUAAGGGAAUGGUGUUGAGAUAAGUUUUUGUUUUUGUAUUAAUUCGUAUUUUAUUCGAUGUAUUCAAUCAAAAUCACUAUUGUUUCCUCUUUUUAAAAGAAAAAGGAAGAGGAUGGAAAACUCCAUACCCUUGUUCACACGGUUUUGUUCUUUCGAUUGAAGUUUUUAAGUGUCGACUGUCUAACGCACUCAUUAAUUACAUUAAUUAACCAAGUCAAGACCAUGCAGCUAGGCGUUAGGGGUAGGCGGGCACAGACCCCGGUUGCUGCUUAGCUAACGGAGCACGAUGACGCAUAUGUAAAUAAUGUCGCACCUUAAAAGCCACGGCUUACCGAUCGUGCACCGUAUAGGCGUGUGCUGUUUUCUUUCCUGUUUUAAGCAGCAGUAAGGUUAAAUUAAACGUUUAGGGAAAAACCAGUCAUUUCAUUAUAAGCGUGUGAAUCAUCAACCAUCGGCGGCCAUCAGUGAUGAUGGUUUAUCUUUUGUGUUUAGGCGAACACUCGAGGAACGAUUAGCGACAAGACAUUUAAGCCACCACAGUUUAAUAUCACAAUCCAAAGACAUUUUGUCUCCUUGUGAUAGUUACACACAAAAAACAGCAACAACAUUAACUACAUUCAUCAACAGUAAUGGAAAUAAUGUUGUCAUUGUGUACAAUAUUUGACAAACAAUUUUUUGUUUAAAGUCUCAGAUUAAAUUGCGCAUCUGGCAUUUAAGAUUUUUGUGCAACCAGUUCUGAACAUCAUAUUACAGUACGGCAAAACAAAUAGAACCUGUUUUAAUGAAUCGUAACGGUACGUAACGGUUAAGCGUUAGCUGAUAUUAAGAAAUGCUUGUGUAGGGCAGAAUGCACAGACAGAGAUGAUAAGCCUAGGCUAAAUAGAGGUAAGCUAAGAUUUGUCUACAGGAAACGCGGCUAAUUUACGGCAGUCGCCCAAAUUAGUAAUGUGGCAUGAUCGUAGGUAAAGGGGAAGUUAACACACAGCCAGAGAAGCAGCACCGUAUCGCGUGUGCUGUAUUUUUGUUUUCGAUUUUGCUCACUGGCAGCAGCACUUCACAUGAGCAUGAUGAGUAUUUACGGGAAAAGGCCCCGAAGGACACGAUGCAGUUGAAUUCGUAUUGAGACAAAUCUCAUCACAUUAGGGUUUGCACAUGCUUCACUGAAACGCAUUUUGAUGUUCUGAUGCUCGCUCUCUCUCACACGUAAUUCUCGUCCCAUGGAUUCACGUUUAAUCAACUCGAAUGAGCGAUCAUGAACCCACGUGAAGUCCCGGGCAGAGAGAAACUAAACCCCAUCCGUCAUCAUUCGGGUUAGCUUCUAGCAAAUAUAAACACUGAGGGUUUGCUAUUACAACAAAACAACUAACACAAAGCAUAAAAGAAGAAACAAGUAUCCGCGCACAUCAAUAUGGCCAAAUGCAUACUGAAGCAGUUGAGCAGUAAAUUAGUGGAAGUUUGGAAUGAAGCGAGUCACUUGUUGCAAAAAUGAUGAAACAAUGUUUAGGUAAAAAAACGUCCAACAAGCAAGCGAUAAAGCAUAUUUCUUUUCUUUUUAAAAUCAGGAUCCAUUUUAUCACGAACGAACCAAAUCGAACGUAUUUAUAUAGCACGGGUGGGAAAGAGGUGUACUCGGAUGGGGGCGAGUGUGCAUACUAGAAAUAAUCGUCGUCCCAUAGUUUUGAUCCAUCACUCACAACAAACGCCUGCGCGCCAUUCGCGCCACCGGAAAACCGUCGGGCAACAGCCUAACGCCAUCACAAAUGCGCGAUAGAAAAUCACCAUCGACAUUCACACGGAGUCUGUUCAGAAUUUUAUCCCGCGCACGUGGACAGCCACCAGAGCAUACUACACACUGCAUCACAGACCCCACACACAAACGCAACAACGGUGAUGUAACGCAGUAGUUGAAAUCGAAUAGCAAUAGCAACGAAAAUAUGCAUAGACACAAAUUCUUAUGGUAAACGAAUGCUCGCGAGCAGCGAAUUCCGUCGUAGUAAAUGUUCGCCAGGAGAAACAAAAUCGCAUUAAUGUGUUUACAAUGAGGGAACAUUUUUAAACACGUGCAUUUGUCGCAAUUCGUAUAGUGAAACAAGCAUCAUCGUAAACACUUUUCGAUCCCGGUUGAGAAUUGAAAAUCGAAUGUAAUGUUCAGGGAUCAAGUAUAUACGCGUUAAUAGUUCGGAUAGCUCCAAACAACACAGCUCCAUAAUCAACAACCAACACAGCAUUUUCGCCUGGUAGAAAGAAAAAAAAAAUUUACAAACAGCGUUUACUACCACUCGCUCUCAGAUCCAACCAACCCAAAUUCGGGGAUGUGCACACACAAAUAUUGAACCGUGUGACUACACAUGACUCCAGCAGAUUCCUUGCAACCCUCGACAAAGUAACAAAAUGCCCCAAAACACAAAUCACCUUCACACUCGUCAACAUACACACAUACUUAAGAAGGAAUAUGUCAAUCAACUAUUGAAUAUUCUCUACCCCACAUUAGUAUGAUAUUGAAAUAAAAAAAUAUUGAUACAUAAUA